AUGAGAAAAUGGGCUUUGGAAAGCCCAAACAAGCAAGCAACCCAGAAAUACUUUACCUUCAACGGGCCCCACGCGUUGCAAGUGCAGUACAAAUUUUACUGCAGGUCCAUAGUAACAUACAAUGCACCAGCCCCCACACAGUCCCCAUCCGCCCUAGGGGCUCAUACCUUUUCAUCUGAAUCUCAACCUUUAGAUCCUGGUUUUCUGUAUUGGCUCACCUUGUUCAUCUUUGAAUUUGAGGAGAUGGCCACUUUAAACCCUUUUGGGCUUCUGGGUGAUGACGACGCCGAAGACCCAUCGCUGCUUCUUGCUGCCCAGAAGAAAGCUCCGGCGCCGGCUCCUGCUCAGCCCAAGAAAGAUCCAGCUAAGGCUAAACCCGAGGCUAAGCUGCCAACUAAGCCAGCUCCUCCGGCACAGGCUGUGAGGGAGUUGAGGAAUGAAGGCCCUCGUGGAGGCCGUGGUGGUGCUCGUGGCCGAGGUGGCCGUGGAUACAACAACCGAGAAACACUUGACAGUGAGAAUGCAUUUGGAAACAGCAAUGGCUUUUCUGGGGGCUACAGUAAGCCUUCUGAGGAUGGAGAUGGUGGAAAGGCUUCUUCUGAAAGGCGUCCGUAUGGUGGGCCCCGCGGAGGCUUUCGUGGUGGUCGUCGUGGUGGUUUUAAUAAUGAGGAAACUUUCGAUGGCCGGAGAUUGAAUGAGUUCAAACGUGAGGGUUCUGGGCGUGGAAAUUGGGGGACCCCCACUGAUGAGAUUAUCCCGGAAACUGAGGAACCCAUAAAUGAAGUGAAGAAUGUUGAGGCUGAAAAGGAACCGGGGCAAGAAGAUGCUGGUGAUGCUAAGAAGGAUGCUCCUGCUAAUGAACAGGAAGAAGCCGAGCCCGAGGAGAAGGAGAUGACAUUGGAGGAGUAUGAGAAGGUACUUGAAGAGAAAAGAAAGGCUUUAGUUGCUCUGAAAGCCGAGGAAAGAAAAGUCAACGUGGAUAAAGAGCUUGAAUCGAUGCAAAUUCUAUCCAACAAGAAGAAUGAUGAUGAAGUGUUCAUUAAAUUGGGAUCUGAUAAGGAUAAGCGCAAAGAGGCAGCUGAGAAGGCGAAAAAGUCCGUGAGCAUAAACGAAUUUCUGAAGCCUACGAAUGGGGAGAAUUACUACAGAGGUGGCGGGCGAGGAAGGGGACGUGGCCGUGGGGGCAGAGGAAGUGUUGGCAAUGAUCACGGCUUGCGGGCCCCAGCUAUUGAAGAUGUUGGGCAGUUCCCUUCGCUCGGUGGCAAGUGAAGUGGUGCAUAAGCCCACCAGCUAAAUGGGCCUGAGUGUUACACUUUGUGCUUGUUCUUGUUGGGCCCAUUUGGUUGGUGAGGCACUAAUGGUGUUUUUGUGAGAAGUCUUGCAUUUCAGAUAUUUUAAAAAAACUUUAAUAGAAGUUUCAGAGUGUAAAUUUAGAUGUAUCCCAGGGGUUUUUGGUGCUCUUGGUGCUUCAUGAUAUGCUUUGACUCUCUUUCCAGCACACAUCUAGGUUAUCAGGCAGCCUUUUAUCCUUUUUAUCCUUUUUUUUCCUUUCUGUUUUUUUUUUGUUUUUCUUUACAUGCUCAAUUUGGGUCGAUCGGAUCAAUUUUGUCGUGGAGUUAAAAAUUCAUAAUAAUUUUGUUCCAACGUGAAAUUCAUGUUCUCUCUUUUGUUUUGGUUGCUUUUGUGUUUAUUAGGCGAGUAAGUGGUUGAUAAUGAAGUUAUAUUGUUUAUAUUUGUGAAUGGAGUUGGAGAAAACAUGCUGCAGAUGAAAACGUCCAUUUUGGAGUUGGUUUUCUGGAUGAG